AUGGGUGGCUGCAUUCCUUUUCUGAAGGCAGCAAGGACACUGUGUCCCAGAAUUAUGCCCCCUUUGCUGUUAUUGUCCGCUUUCAUUUUUUUAGUGAACGUCCUGGGAGGAGCCCCAGGACACAAUCCGGACCGCAGGACGAAGAUGAUAUCAAUACACAGUCUGUCGGAGCUGGAGCGUCUGAAGCUGCAAGAGACUGCUUACCACGAACUCGUGGCCAGACAUUUCCUCUCUGAAUUCAAACCUGACAGAGCUCUACCUAUUGACCGUCCAAACACCUUUGAGAAGUGGUUUCUGAUUCUGAGAGGACAGCAGAGGGUCGUAUCACUGAAGACAUUUGGCAUUCGUCUGGAAGAGGUGCUGGUGAAUGAGCUUACCCGCCGCAAGCAUCUUGAACUAACAGCCGCGAUGCAGAUUGAAGAAUCCACCGGUCAGGCUGCGGGCCGUCGUCGGGGAAAUGUGGUGCAAAGGAUGUUUGGCCGCAUCAGGCGCUUUUUCAGUCGCAGGCGGGAUGAGCCCUCCUUGCCCCGGGAGUUUACUCGCCGUGGGCGUCGAGGUGCAGUAUCUGUGGACAGCCUGGCUGAACUGGAGGACGGGGCUCUGCUGCUGCAGACCCUGCAACUUUCCAAGAUUUCCUUUCCAAUCGGCCAGCGACUUCUGGGAUCCAAAAGGAAGAUGAGCCUCAAUCCGAUUGCUAAACAAAUCCCCCAGGUUGUUGAGGCUUGCUGCAGCUUCAUUGAAAAACAUGGUUUAAGCACGGUGGGGAUUUUCACCCUGGAAUACUCAGAGGAGAGAGUGCGUGAGCUCCGUGAAGAAUUUGAUCAAGGGCUUGACGUCGUGUUGGAUGACACUCAGAACGUACAUGAUGUGGCUGCACUCCUCAAGGAGUUUUUCCGUGACAUGAAGGACUCUCUGCUGCCAGAUGAUCUGUAUAUGUCCUUCCUUCUGACAGCAACUCUAAAGCCACAGGAUCAGCUUUCUGCCCUGCAACUGCUGGUUUACCUGAUGCCACCUUGCCAUAGUGACACCCUGGAGCGUCUGCUGAAGGCCCUGCAUAAAAUCACUGAGAAUUGCGAGGACUCUAUUGGCAUUGAUGGACAAUUGGUUUCAGGCAACCGUAUGACUUCUACCAAUUUGGCUCUGGUGUUUGGAUCUGCUCUGCUGAAGAAGGGAAAAUUUGCCAAGAGAGAGUCCAGGAAGACAAGACUGGGGAUUGACCACUAUGUUGCUUCUGUCAAUGUGGUCCGUGCCAUGAUUGAUAACUGGGAUAUCCUCUUCCAGGUGCCUCCCCAUAUUCAGAAGCAGGUUGCUAAGCGCGUGUGGAAAUCCAGUCCUGAAGCCUUGGAUUUUAUCAGACGCAGGAAUUUGAGGAAGAUCCAGAGUGCACGCAUAAAGAUGGAAGAGGAUGCCUUACUAUCUGAUCCAGUGGAAAAUUCUGCUGAAGUCCGGGCUGCUGUCCUUGCUCAGAGCAAGCCCUUUGAUGAAGGUUCCUCUGAGGAGCCAGCUGUGCCUCCCGGCACUGCCCGUUCCCAUGACGAUGAGGAAGGAGCGGGUAACCCCCCCAUUCCAGAGCAAGACCGCCCAUUGCUCCGUGUGCCCUGGGAAAAGGAGGCCAAAACUGGCAUCGGCUACUUCUUUCCUUAG